UCCCACGCUCGGGAAGCUGGCCAUGAAGCUCUGCGUGCCGCAGGUGCUGUUGGCCCUGUUCCUGUCCACUCUUCUGGCCCAGGCAGAAGCCCGCCGGAGGGCGGCCACCCAGGCCCGCAACACCACCCUGCCCGCUCUGCUCAGGCUGUCAGAUCACCUCCUGACCAACUACAAGAAAGCGGUACGGCCCGUGCGGGACUGGAGGAAGCCCACCACCGUCUUCAUCGAUGUCAUCAUGUAUGCCAUCCUCAGUGUGGAUGAGAAGAACCAGGUACUGACCACCUACAUCUGGUACCGGCAGUUCUGGACUGAUGAGUUUCUGCAGUGGACUCCCGAAGACUUUGACAAUAUCACCAAAUUGUCCGUCCCCACAGACAGCAUCUGGGUUCCUGACAUUCUCAUCAAUGAGUUUGUGGACGUGGGAAAGUCUCCGAACAUCCCGUACGUGUAUGUACAUCACCAAGGUGAAGUCCAGAACUACAAGCCCCUGCAGGUGGUAACCGCCUGCAGCCUUGACAUCUAUAACUUCCCCUUUGAUGUGCAGAACUGCUCCCUGACCUUCACCAGCUGGCUGCACACCAUCCAGGACAUCAACAUUUCCCUGUGGAGAUCACCAGAAGAAGUGAGGUCAGACAAGAGUAUCUUCAUGAACCAGGGCGAGUGGGAGUUACUGGGAGUGCUGCCCCAGUUCCAGGAGUUCAGUAUGGAAACCAGUAGCAGCUAUGCAGAAAUGAAGUUCUACGUGGUCAUCCGCCGGCGGCCUUUAUUCUACGCAGUCAGUCUCUUGCUGCCCAGUAUCUUCCUCAUGGUGGUAGACAUUGUGGGCUUUUGCCUGCCCCCGGACAGUGGCGAGAGAGUCUCCUUCAAGAUAACACUCCUUCUGGGAUACUCCGUCUUUCUCAUCAUUGUGUCAGACACCCUGCCGGCAACGGCCAUUGGCACGCCCCUCAUCGGCGUCUACUUUGUGGUCUGCAUGGCUCUGCUGGUGAUAAGCCUUGCCGAGACCAUCUUCAUUGUGCGGCUGGUACACAAGCAGGACCUACAGCGGCCCGUCCCGGACUGGCUAAGGCACCUGGUCCUACGGAAAAUAGCCUGGCUGCUCUGCCUUGGGGAGCAGUCAAUGACCAAUAGGCCUCCAGCCACCUUUCAAGCCAGCAAGGCCGAUGACUGCUCAGCCAUGGGAAACCACGUCAGCCAUGUUGGGGGAUCCCAGGACUUGGAGAAGACCCCGAGGGGCAGAGGUAGCCCUCCCCCACCACCUAGAGAGGCCUCGCUGGCUGUGCGUGGGCUCUUGCAAGAGCUAGCCUCCAUCCGGCACUUCCUGGAGAAGCGGGAUGAGAUGCGGGAGGUGGCUCGGGACUGGCUGCAAGUGGGGUAUGUGCUGGACAGGCUGCUAUUCCGCAUCUACCUGCUAGCUGUGCUGGUCUACAGCAUCACCCUGGUCACGCUCUGGUCUGUUUGGCAUUAUUCUCGAGUGAACACAACCCAGCAGGGUACUCGGGGCUGGGUAAGCUAA